CAGCCCCAGCCGUUCUUUCACACACAACGCGCCCCCCCCCCCCCGCCCGAGUCGCUUUCCGUUUUUAUUUAUCUUCGUCGCGCACGCGCCUUGCUUCCCCCUCGCCAGGCUGAGAGGCGAGAGCGGCAGUCCCGUUGGUUGGUGUCCGCCGCCCGCGCACCCUUUCUCCCCCCCCGCCCCUCCCUUUUUUGACGCCGGCGGGGGCGGCCCAAGAUGGCGGCUGCGGAGCUGCUGCUGACGGCGGCGGCGAGGAGGAGCCCGGCCCGGCGCGAGCGACAAUAGGCGAGGCGAGAGACGACGGAGAGCCGCGGCGACGGGCGCCCGGGUCUAGCAUGGUCGGGGCCCGACGCCGCCUGCCCCCCUCCGCUGCCCCAACCUGACCGGAACUGCCCCGUCGGCCGCCAGCAUGGGCGAGAGGCUGGAGCUCCGGCUCAAGUCGCCCGUCGGGGCCGAACCGGCCGUCUACCCCUGGCCCCUCCCUGUAUACGACAAACACCACGAUGCUGCUCAUGAAAUCAUUGAAACAAUUCGGUGGGUCUGUGAAGAAAUUCCAGACCUCAAGCUUGCUAUGGAAAACUACGUUUUAAUUGACUACGAUACAAAAAGCUUCGAAAGCAUGCAAAGGCUUUGUGACAAAUACAAUCGCGCCAUUGAUAGCAUUCACCAGUUGUGGAAAGGAACCACCCAGCCCAUGAAACUGAACACCCGCCCCUCCAAUGGACUUCUCCGCCACAUCCUACAGCAGGUGUACAACCACUCAGUAACAGACCCAGAAAAACUUAACAACUAUGAGCCCUUUUCUCCAGAAGUAUACGGAGAAACCUCCUUUGACUUGGUGGCCCAGAUGAUAGACGAGAUAAAAAUGACGGAAGAUGAUUUGUUUGUGGACUUGGGCAGUGGUGUGGGUCAAGUGGUUCUGCAAGUCGCUGCGGCCACAAACUGCAAACAUCACUAUGGGGUGGAGAAAGCUGAUAUUCCCGCCAAAUACGCAGAGACCAUGGACAAAGAAUUCAGAAAGUGGAUGAAAUGGUAUGGGAAAAAACACGCAGAAUACACACUGGAAAGAGGUGAUUUCCUCUCGGAAGAAUGGCGAGAGAGAAUUGCUAACACAAGCGUCAUAUUUGUGAAUAACUUUGCCUUUGGACCUGAGGUAGAUCACCAACUGAAGGAACGAUUUGCGAACAUGAAAGAAGGUGGCCAGAUUGUAUCGUCAAAACCUUUUGCACCGCUACACUUUAGAAUAAACAGUCGAAACUUGAGCGAUAUUGGCACUAUAAUGAGAGUUGUGGAAUUGUCACCACUGAAAGGGUCUGUUUCGUGGACCGGGAAACCAGUUUCUUACUACCUGCAUACUAUCGAUCGAACCAUACUUGAAAACUACUUCUCUAGUCUCAAAAAUCCAAAACUCAGGGAGGAACAAGAGGCAGCUAGGCGCCGGCAGCAGAGAGAGAACAAGAGCAACACGACAACUCCAACGAAAGUCCAAGAAAACAAGGAGGAUGGUGCUGAAGAAGAGAAGAUUCCUGGGGCCAACACCGUCAAAAAGCCAUCUCCGUCCAAAGCGCGCAAGAAGAAGCUGAGCAAAAAGGGAAGGAAAAUGGCAGGCAGGAAGCGCGGGCGCCCCAAGAAGAUGAACGUUGUGAAUCCCGAGCGCAAGACCAAGAAGAACCAAACCGCACUGGAGCUUCUUCACGCUCAAACCAUAUCGCAAACUUGCUCAUCCUCUCCUCAGGGGAGCUCAUUCGAGAGCCAGGGGGCCACCACGGAAGAGUUCCUGCUCCAGCUCUCUACUGGCCACACCUGCCCAAGGGAGGAGACUCAGAGCAGGAACAAUGAGCCGGCUCAUAUUGAUGCAUACAGGUCACCUCAUAGUCCAUUUUACCAACUACCUCCUAAAGUGCAGCGGCAUUCAUCAAACCAGCUGUUGGUGACUCCUACCCCACCUGCACUACAGAAGCUGCUAGACUCCUUCAAGAUCCAGUACAUGCAAUUCAUGGCAUACAUGAAGACCCCUCAGUACAAAGAGAGCCUUCAGCAGCUGUUGGAACAGGAAAAGGAGAAGAAUACCCACUUGCUGGGGAAAGCACAGCAGUUGUUUACUCAUUGCCAAGCUCAGAAAGAAGAAAUUAAGCGACUGUUCCAGCAGAAGCUAGACGAGCUGGGAGUUAAGGCUUUGACCUACAAUGACCUUAUUCAAGCUCAGAAAGAGAUCUCUGCUCACAACCAGCAGCUUAAGGAGCAGACCAAGCAGCUGGAGAAAGAUAAUGGUGAACUCAGGAACCAGAGCCUGCAGCUGCUGAAGGCCAGGUGCGAAGAACUGAAGCUUGAUUGGUCGACACUGUCACUGGAGAAUCUGCUGAAAGAAAAGCAGGCGCUGAAGAACCAGAUUUCUGAGAAGCAAAAGCAUUGCUUGGAAUUACAGAUCAGCAUUGUGGAACUCGAGAAGAGCCAAAGGCAGCAGGAGCUCCUGCAGCUGAAAUCGUGCAUGCCCCCCGACGAAUCGCUUCCGUCGCAGCCGCGCCACAAAAACCACCUGACCCGCAAGCCGGAGCCUGACCACAGCAUGUUCCCACUGGAACUGGAGACCCCCAAGUUCCCAGUGCCCCAGAUGAACGGCAUGAGCCCCGAACUGUCAAUGAACGGCCACGCUACCCCGUAUGAGAUCCACAAUGCUCUUGGCAGACCCUUCUCCAAGCAGGGUACCCCACAGUAUGCAGCGUCCCACCUGGACCAAGAUAUUGUCCCUUGUACCCCAAACCACCACUGUAGGCAGAAGCCGGACAAGUCCGCUAGCUUGUCCUUGCCAGAUUACACCAGGUUCUCCCCAGCUAAGAUAGCCCUUCGGAGGCACCUGAACCAGGACCAUACAGGCAGUGGGAAAUCAGCAAGUAAUGAAAACCACCAGAGAGCUGAGCACAUAAAAGAGAACGGCGUUACUUUCCCGAGUCCGACAAUACCGAACGGCAUAAAGAUGAGCCCUCAGGAAUCCCGUCCUUCUUCACCAACAGCUUUGCCUGUUGCUCACGAGAAGGCUUUGCGAGAGAGGACGCCUGCGAGUAGCGGGGAGACCAUCACCAGCCUUCCCAUCAGUAUUCCCCUCAGCACAGUGCAGCCCAAUAAACUCCCUGUUAGUAUCCCCCUGGCCAGCGUAGUCCUACCUAGCCGUGUUGAGAAGGUGAGAAGCACACCUAGCCCAGUCCACCAGAACCGUGACUCCUUUUCGACACUUGAUAAACAAUAUGGUGCUAGUUCUCAUAACGGCAUGAGCAGUGUUGCUGCUAACAAGCCGCUGAUUUCGGCUACCUCAGGUUUUUCUUACAUGGCCAACGGGACUCUUUCGAACAGCCCCGCCCAGUUUAACCAUAGCAUCGAUCACGCGGCUCUGGAGGACACAUCCAGUUCAGGAAGCCUGUUCAAUUCAGUGGGAUCUCAGAGCUCUACCCCGCAGCACCCUUCCUUGCUGAUGAUGCCGUCGCGGAAUUCCGGGCAGAACUCGCCUGCUCACCAGCACUCACCGAGCCCUAGACUGAAUGGGGCCUCCCAGGGCCUGGGAGGGGUACUGCAGUACGUGGACUCCCAAAAGGCGUUUGCCGAAGGGGCCCGGGGGGACAUGCAGUCAGACAUGGCGUUCUCCGAUCCUGAAAGCGAGGGCAAGCGAAGGAUCAUCUUCACCAUCUCUCCUGCAACGGGAACCAUAAAGCACUCUCCCUCCAGUAAGCACAGCCCCCUUACUGCAAGCAUCCGGAUGGAGUGCAGCCAGGCCUACAUGCAGGACGGGAAGAAGCGUGGCCGGAGGAAGCGGUCCUCCACAGGAAUGCCUAACGUGAACUGCGGGGUGUCGCCAAAACGCAAAUCAUUGCCGGCAGUGGCCGGGCUCUUCACUCAGCCUUCGGGGUCCCCGCUUAAUAUUAAUUCAAUGGUCAGUAAUAUCAAUCAGCCUCUAGAAAUCACAGCCAUUUCCUCCCCGGAAAACUCCCUGAAGAACUCUCCUGUCCCGUACCAGGACAACGACCAGCCCCCUGUUCUGAAGAAAGAGAAGCCCAUUGUUCAAACGAAUGGGAUCCACUACUCACCGUUGACGUCUGACGAGGAGCACGGCUCGGAGGAUGACCACAACAGCACCCGAAUCGAAAGAAAAAUCGCAACGAUAUCACUGGACAGCAAAUCUCCACAAAAGCCAAUGGAUAGCAGUAAGUAUGGAAUGGUUGGCUUGUGUCCGCCUAGGAAGGGAACGUUACUUCUUCGUGGUCCUCGUGCCUCAGGUUCAUGGGUUUUGUGUCUACACAGAGCAGCAACUCAGAAACAUCCUGACCUGGCUAGAUCUGUCCUUCCAAGAGUGCGUGGGCUUUCUCCUGAAACAUGGCUGCUAUUAAUUUAGUAUAGGGGUGUCCAACUCUGGUUCUUAAGAUGU